CAAACUUGUCUUUGGGCAAACGUCGGGAGAAGACUGUGCACGCGCCCCCUUGUGCGUAAAAGAGGACGUCCUCCAGCUCAGGACGCAGCGACUCCUUUCACUCACCUGGAAGCGCAGCACCGACACAGAGACAGACACACGGACAGUGAAGCGACAUCUGAGGAGGAAACAUGAGCGAGCAGGGGAAGAGGGUGAUCCUGAUCGUGGUGGACAUUCUCUGCGUCUUUGUCGCGGCUCUGCCCUCUGCCAUUCUGACGCUGAUGUUCAGUCCUUACCAGAGAGGAAUCUACUGUGAUGACAAGAGCAUCAAAUAUCCGUACCGGAGAGACACCAUUUCCCAUGGGGCCAUGGCUGCAUCCACCAUCACCUGCUCCAUCGUCAUUAUCACCACAGGAGAGGCUUAUCUGGUUCACACCAAACGUCUCCAUUCCAACUCCAAGUUCAACCAGUACAUGUCUGCUCUCUACAAAGUGGUAGGCACCUACCUGUUCGGAGCAGCCGUUAGCCAAUCGCUGACUGACCUGGCAAAGUUCACCAUAGGUCGUCCCCGUCCAAAUUUCAUGGCAGUGUGCGCCCCCAUCCACUGCGAGGGAUAUGUGCUGCAUAUCAACUGCACAGGCAGCAUCCGGAACGUGACGGAAUCUAGGUUAUCGUUCUAUUCUGGCCACUCUGCCUUUGGGAUGUACUGCAUGCUCUUUCUGUCGCUCUACGUUCAGGCCCGGAUGCAGGGGAAGUGGACGCGGCUGGUCAGACCGACGAUCCAGUUCUUCCUGGUGAUGUUUGCGCUGUACGUGGGAUACACACGCGUGUCCGACAACAAACAUCACUGGAGCGACGUCCUGGUCGGGCUGCUGCAGGGAGCGCUCGUCGCUUCCCUCACUGUUCGAUACGUGUCGGACUUCUUUAAGCAGCGACCACCGUCCCGCAACCAGCCAGAGGCACCAGAGGUCCGACAACUCGAACGCAAGCCAGGCGUCUCGCAGUAUGACCACGUUACCACUGAAUACACAAACACUACUUACUAACCUGGGCCUUCCCUCACUUUAGCAGCGGCAGCAGCAGCAGCAGCAGCUUUAUCGCCAAAGGACCAUGUGACCAACAUUUUAAAUUAGAAAACAAAACACUGCAGUAACCACUAGCUGGACAUUCAAACACUUUCUCCCACUUUGGGAACGCUGGGACUUCCCACUGAUUUCACAGCGAGGAAAUUCCUGAAACCACGUGUGCCUCUCUCAGUUUGGGUGUGUGUGACGUGAUUUACGUUGUGUUUUUUGUUGUUUGUGUACAUGUACUUUGGCAACACGACUUUGUGUUGCCAAAGUGUGCAAUGAUGAACCGUGAAUAUAGGUAUUUUUUAUGUUAGCCUUAGUUAUUUUUUAAAUUAAAAGUUGAAAUUGUCAGUGUAGUAGAGGAACGUUUCAGAUUUAGCGGGGGACAUUUUAUAGAUUUAUGCUGCACGCGUGGUAAUGAAAUAGAGCAAAAAGACUGUCAAGGAAAUAUGUGGAGACUGAAUGUUCAAGAUUUAUGUUAUUUUACUUACACUGGAGCUUUAAAUAUAGUGUAUAUACACGGACACAUGUGGCUGUCCCUCACACUUUUGUCUACAUUUGAAUGUUGUCAAACAUGUGCAUAGGUUUUAUAGGUUUAUAUAUGGACUGGUCCAACCAUCAUAUUAAUACAAAAUGUAUAGUAAACUAUAGCAACAUUUUUUUUAUAUAUCUUGUUUAUAACUAAUCUAAUGAAUUAUGUAGCUUUUUAAGAAUGUAUUGCCACGAUGUUAUGGUGAUGUUACAGUAAAACUUUAAGCUGGUAACUGUUAUGGACAGUGUUUUUCUUCAGACACGGAUCAAACACAACCUCCCCCCCAUAUAGGUUAUCAGGAAGGGGGGGUGGUUUUGUGUUGCUUCUCCUUAUCAGCCAGAUCUUUUAUCUGCAGGUUUCCCCCAAACAGAAAAACUGAAAAAUACAAAUGAUGGCGAGUGUGAGAGAAGGGUUUCCUUUUGUUUGUGAAUGUGUUUUGUCACCUGCAUUGGUGAAAACAAUGCACAACACACUGACGCGUUAGUUCAUGUCUGGACCUGCUCUUUGACAGUUGAGGGAUUCCUUACAGCAAGAGGAAUGAAGCCACGUCAAGUUGGUGUACGCCAAGACCUGCUUCCAAAGGGACAGUUUAUCUAAGUCGAUAUCAGCUCUACUGGCAAUGCAGAUAGUUUUGGUUUAAUGUGCUCCACCUCUUGAGAGAUCAGCUUUCUCCUCAAAUAGGUAAGUUAAAGAAAGGUAAAGGUAAAGAAAAUCACUGAGCCACGAUGGACUGGGUUUUUUGUUUUUUUUCACAGAAAGUGUCCAUUUACUCCUCAUCAGAAAGUUCAAUAAAUGAGCCAUUUUGAUAUUUGUUAAAAAUGGCAUUACACUGUAUCAGUA